AGUACUGCGAAUAGAUUCCCCCCCAAGUCUCAUCACGCUGGAUCGCCCAGGAUGCCCCCAUUCAAAGAUGAGCAUAUCUUGAUAAUUGCGCCAGGUUCGCAGGUGACCCUGGCGCAAUUGGGCCUCCCUGAGUCGUUCACGCCCGCCCGAUUCCGCUUCCCGACACGCAUGUUCCCUGCCGAGAAGAAGGGGGAAUAUGAGCCGUACAAGAUCCGCGAGCGACGACACGAGGUCAAAGUCAGCAAUGGCGUCGACGCGCCCAAGGCCGAUGUGGAGAUGAAGGAUGCGGAAUCCGCCGCACCUGAUGCCCCGACGAAGACGGAGGCGCCUGAGAACCCCGACGGCGCAGCACAAGAGCAACAAGAGAGCAAGACUGAGCCUGCGGCCGCGCAGGAAGCAGCCGACGGGGAGGGGAAGCAGGAAACCGCGGAGCAGAUCUACUACGAGGAGGAUAUCAUGUCAGAUGAAGGAGCCGUCUAUCCGCUCCGGAAUGGAAACAUUGUCGAUUGGCCGUGUUUCUUCGCUCUUCUUACGCAUAUUCACAACACGCUCAGUCCGCCGUUUCACACGCCGAUCAUGCUCAUUGGCGAGCCCGUCUGGACGGCGCGCGAUCGAGAGGUGAUCACCCAGUUCGUGUUUGAGAAGUUCAAGACGCCUGCGUUCUGUCUGAUGGACUCUGCCCUGGCCAUUUGCUAUGGCUACGGCACCUCGACGGCCACGGUGGUCGAUGUCGGGAAGGACAAGGUUGAUGUCACCGCCGUCACCGAUUUUCUCGUGAACGAACAUGGAAGAGGAAACGCCCUCGAGGGAUGUGGUGGAGACUACAUGACCGAUAGACUCCUGGAGUUGCUGGGUUCGAAGGGGUUCACGCGAGAGAUGUGUGAGCAGCUCAAGAGAAGCAACAUCACCGAGAUUCUACCUGCCGGAGUUCCUCUUCCUGGCGCGGCUGCCACCGCCCGACAGAACACCAACCCCGCAGCGACUGCAUCGGGAGGAAACCAGAAUGAUGCCGCUCCGAAGGGACCAGGCGAGGGCACGCAGGCUGGCCAAGAUGGAAACAAUGAAGACGAAGAUGAGGGAGUGCUAGACGUCGCCGCCAUCGUUAGCGGCAACACGAGCGAAUUCUUGGCCAACCGCGAAAAGGAGAAGGGUGAUAAAACGGCAACGAAGAAGGGGGCGGUGGAUCAAGCCGGGAAACCCCUUCGUCUUCCGAACUCCAAGAAAGAGAAGGCUACAUUCCAAUAUGAGGAGUUCGUGCGGAUCGAGCCGGAACACAACGUCGCCAGCGGUCCCGGGAAGUUCAUCCGUCAAACACGAGAUAUCGAGGUUGGAGUGGAACGAUUUUUGUCUGCGACCCCGAAACAGCAGAACGGCGACCGCUUUUCAAGCGGUGUUCUGAACGACAUCGCGACCCAGAUUCAUCACACUAUCCUUGCUGUGCCCGAUGCCAGCAAGCGGAGUGAGCUCUGGGACUCGCUGAUUGUCGUUGGUAACGGCAGCAAGAUUAAGGGAUUUACACAAUCUUUGCUCGGUGCCAUUACACAGAAGUUUAUUCUAUCCCCCUCUGGAACCAUCUUCACUUCCGAACUUCCCUCCAACUUCUCCACGCCACUUCCCACCGGGGGGACGAACACACCGGCACCCGGUGGCCAGCCCGGCCCGAUGCAUCAUCCUGCAGGCCAUGGGGUCAACCCUCUGCUUGUCGCUGCAACUCACUCCAACAACGCUGCGGCUGCCAAUAUGCCUCCUGGCACUCCUUCGAUGGAUGCUGCCAUGGCCUCCCAUUACCGUUCAACCGGUCAUUCUCAGACCCCUACAUCAGUCAAGACGCUCAAGCCGCCAGAGUAUUUCUCCGAGUGGAAAGAGCAGAGCAACACCAACGCGCCCGGGGCCAGCGGCGCUGGUGGUAUGAACAAUGCUGGCGGACCCGGCAACCAACCCUCGCUAAGCGGCGGACAUGGAAUGGAGGAAGCCGUCUUCCUGGGCGCUCAGGUUGCUUCCAAGGUGAUCUUCGUUCUUGACCAAGGGCUGAGCAAGGGCUUCAUGAGCCGGGUGGAAUAUAACGAGAACGGGCCAUCCGCGAUCCACGAGUACAUCAUGUGAUGGCGCCAAUUUAAUCACCUACAAACGUUGUAUGAGGACAUGUUGUUUGAGAGAGUAUCAAAAGAGAGAUAUGAAAUUCAUAAGAUCUUCGCGGGAUUUAGGGCCUUUUUAUUGUCACUUAUGGAGCUUUCCUUUUGUUUUCACCGUUGGUUUUCUUUUUUUCUUUUUUUCCCCUUCAGUUUCUUCUAUCGAAGACAUCUGUAUUCUACGUGGUGGCGUUUUCUAUAAAAAACAAUUUCCCCCAGGAUGCGAUAGGUGGGGAGUCAGGUCUAAUACAUUGUUUGGGUAC